UAUAAAGCGGAACAGCUCACAAGAAGAGGGAGGCGAGGCAGGCGGGAGCAGUGCGCGGCGCGAGUCUGCCCAUCAGCGCCACAGGGACAGGAUGGCUCGGGGGACCAGCGCCGGUUUUGAUCGCCACAUCACUAUAUUUUCCCCGGAAGGGCGGCUCUACCAAGUCGAAUAUGCCUUUAAGGCUAUUAAUCAGGAGGGACUGACAUCAGUUGCCUGUAAAGGGGAGGACACAGCUGUGUGUGUCACCCAGAAGAAAGUCCCGGACAAGCUUCUGGACCCCAGCACAGUGACCCACAUGUACAAACUCACACCCAGCGUUGGUUGUGUUAUGACCGGCAUGCAGGGUGACAGUCGGUACCAGGUGAUGGUAGCGCAGAAUGAGGCAAACAACUUCAAGUACCGCUACAGGUAUAACAUGCCCAUCAACGACCUGUGCCGUCGCAUGGCUGACAUCAACCAGGUGUACACACAGAAUGCAGAGAUGCGGCCUCUCGGAUGUGGCAUGAUCCUGAUUGGCUACGAUGAUGAGCUUGGGCCCUGUGUAUACAAGACGGACCCGGCUGGGUACUACUGUGGCCACCGAGCCUGCUCUGCUGGUGUCAAGCAGACUGAGGCCAACAGCUUUCUUGAGAAAAAGUAUCGCAAGAAGACCAAUUACAACCAUGAUGAAACCAUCCAGCUGGCCAUCACCUGCCUCAUGACAGUCCUUUCAGCAGACUUCAAACCUACAGAAAUUGAGGUUGCUGUAGUGUCCAAGGAAGAGCCAGACUUCAGAACCCUGUCAGAACAAGAGAUUGACUACCACCUGAGUGCCAUUGCAGAGAGAGACUAGGAGUAGGAGGGGGAGGAGGAGUACACACAGAGCGGCACUGGUUAGACGCUUGGUCAGCACCACCAGCGAUUUGUCAGGACAACAGCUUUCAGUUACUUCACUUAGUUUUUUUAUAAAUGACUUGUAUUGAGCAUGAUUUUUUGUGGAGGUGUUAACUAUUAUAAUUAGCUAGUAUUCAUUGCCCUAAUUUUUGUACACCACUGGAUAGACGCUGAGUAUUGAGCCUGACUCGUCAAGGAAAGCAUCACACACUAUGUACCGGAGUCUCAGCAAAUAAUAACUUUGGCAACUUUUCUCA